AUGGCUUGUCGUCUCGCGUCCAAUCAACAACGCUUAUCUUUCCACAAAUCUCAUCCUUCGCGCCGCGUUCUCUCCUUCCUCCUCGUCUUCCCCCUUGUCGCCGCAGCCUCCGCAGCUCUCUUUUCGCCCCCCGCAUCUCCCGACGUCCGCUCCCGCCCCGUAUCCCAUUUGCGAUUCGCAACAGACGCGUCCCAGGGGCCACCGCGUGCGGCGGCUUUCGAAGCGCAGGCUCAGUCGCGCCACGGAGACAAAAACGCGACGACCAUUGAUAACCCUGCAAGUCGAAACCCGAUGCUAUCUCCGUUUCACGUCUUUCGGGCUCCGUUCGCCGUAUCCCUCAUUGAAAUCCCCGAGAAACGCGCUCCAGAAAUCCUGGAACUUGAGCUGGUUUACACGUCAGAUCAUGCGGAUUCUGACGCUGGAGAAAGCGCAACGCUGGAGGACGCAAUAAAAGCAGACGCGCUAUAUCUAGAAGAAGCGGCGGUGAGGAGCAAGAAAGGUAUGGUGCCUGCGGAGAGACAGGGGGAAGAGGGCAAGGGGGAGGGGGAGGGAGAGAAAGAGGGGGGCGGAGAAGGGAAGGCGGAAGGAGAGGGGGAGGAGGAGGAGGCGGAAGAGGUGCGCAGCGGGGAGAUGCUCGUGUUAUCUGACGAGCUUGCGACUCCGCUGCACGUGUAUCGAGGCGCUGACGGUUCGUUGCAAGAGGAGCCCGAAAUGAGCGACGACGACCUCAUGGUGUUCGGAAGCCUAGAUGCGCUGUACUACGAGGAAGUGGCUGUGCGGACACGUGCAGCACACGCGCAGCCACGUGCACCACUGGUUGGCCCACGUGCAUCACACGCAUGGGAAAGCAUAUUGAUUCAAGGAGGAGCGUCAGAAAAUCGGGACCAAGAAGUUGGUUUCUUCAGGUCGUUUCAUGUUUUCCGGGCAGAUAACGGCUCGCUGGUGGAGUUGACAGAACGCGACGCCGUUUUGACGUUGGCGGACGGAGUCCUUGCACCACUGACGGAAGUAAACGGGAUUCCCUUGACGGAGCUUGACCGAAUUUCGUCAGCAGAGCUCGUCCGCGUGCACCAGCAAGAGCUUCCAGUCCGUUUCCGUCCGUCAAAUCCCUCCACUGCUCUGACGAAGAUUAGACGGAGAUUGAGAUUGUCUCAUGACAAACGGAUUGAGAUCGUCUACGAAAAUACAGGAAGCCAGAGGGUACAAGAAGAGACAGGGGAGGGAGACGAAGAAGAGGAGGAGGAGCGAGAGCACGUGGGGCCUGUACACGUAUUCUGGGAAGAAGAUGGGACUCUAAACGAAGAGGAAGACGACAGCACUACUAACCGUUUAAAUAAAUACGAUAAUGAGAUGGCGGGCUUGGAGAAUAUGGGCUGGAGAGAGGCAGCGGUCGAUGCGGCGUUUGGCGCGGCGGAUGAUGCGGCGGCGGAAGCGGAGAUGGAGUAUGAGUUGGCAUUCGCGGUGCGUACGAGGAGGGCUAUGGUGAUUGGCGGUGGAGAGGACUAG